CUCUCUUGAAGAAGAAGAAGAAGAAUUGAAGUGAAUUGAAAGAUUAUUUUUAUUAGUAUGGCGGAAAUUCGGUGUUUGCCAGUGAUUGAAGAAGAUGAAACCAUUGAUGAAGACUUCUAUGAGAAGAUUCAAGCCCCAAAAUUCGUUGACCUCACCGCACCCGAUCCUCGCCUCCCAGACGAGGACCGCAACUGGUUCUGCAUGCGUUUUGGAUGUGACCAAAAGCACGAAGAAGAGUUGGAUUCUGAGGCAAUUUACAAGGAUUUUGUUCUUAGGGUUAUGGCAGCUAGAAGUCCCAAUGUCAAGCUUAGAAAAGCAUUAAACAGAAGAGAAGCAAGUGAAAAUCUGAAGUGUCCGCUUACAGCUCCGGCAAAGCCGAGGGUGUCAAGAAUGGCCUUGAUUUCCUCAUUGUCACACAAGAUGGCUGAAAAUAAGGCCAAAGUUAAUAAGCCUCUUGCAAAGGUUUCUGCUUCUGCUACACCAAAUGCCAAAGUGAAACAAUCACCUUCUGUGGCUAAGGCUUUGACUACUCCAAGGAAUCAAAAGAAGAAAGUCUCCAUUGUCGAACCAUUCAGAACUGUUCAGAGCAAGAAAGCCUUGAGUGUUGCUGUGCCUAAGAGCAGAAUGGUAGGCAAGGCUCUGGUGUUUCACUCACCGAAGAGGACAGUGAAGAUCAAGAGUUCUGUGGAACUGAAAACACCGAUGAGAGGGUUGUGUUCGGCAAUGAAGAAGCUUGAACUCAAUGGGGGGAAGAAGAAUGGAGACGAAUGUAACAACUCAUUGCACAUUUCUGCCUCAAGAAAGAAACUAAGGGGACGCGAGGUCAAAAGCCGUGUGUUUGAUUUAUUGUAUUCUAAUAACUGCAAGGGUCCGGAGACUAACACUGUGAAAUGUAUGAAGGAGAAGAGAGUAAAAGGCAUGGAGAAAUGCCAGGUUAAUGUGCCCCAUGAGGAAAAUGAAAUUGACUCAAGUGACAUGGAAAUAGAUGAAAAAUCAAGGGGUGGUUCACUGGAAAGAUGCACUGAAUCAGGAACUUCUGGUGGUAGCAAACCAACAAGAGUAGAGAGUUCAUCAGAAGCUUCGGUUACCACCACACUGUCAAAUUCCACAGAAGAAGAAAAAAAGACCACUGAAGAGAGAAAACAGAGAGGGGUGAAAAGUAAACCAGUUUCAGAGAAGGGUGAAAACCCUGAAGCCACAAAGAGAAAGGAUAAAGAGAAAUCUGUUAACUUUGAUGACAAAGAAAACCAGGCUGGUUUGACUGAAUACGAUGACAAGGAAAAUGCCUCAGCCCCUGAUGAGAACAGAAUAAUGACUACAAAUAAUGAUCCCAAUAAGGUCAAUCUUGGCAGCAAGACUGAGGAUUCAAGGAACACAGACAAGAAGCAUUCAUCUAUCACUACUAGUUCUCAAGUUGUUAAAUACAGAAAACUAAAGCCUACAAAUCCUAAGCCUUUUAAGCUGAGAACUGAUGAAAGAGGAAUUCUUAAAGAAGCUAAUUUGGAUAAAAAGGUUCCCUCACAAUUGAAAGAAACCACUACCAAAGGAGGCAACCUAAUGAGAAAACAUCAGAUUGCAGCAACACAAAGUCCUGCUCCUAAACUUAAGAAACAAAUUGAUCCAGAAAAUACACCUGAACAAGGAUACAAGUUAGCAAGACCCCAACUGAUGCAGCUUAAAGCUGUUAAGCCUCCAAGUGCUUUGUAUAGGAAGAAAGGAAAGGUUGUCCUUGGAACGCCUUGUAAACUAAGUGUUAUUCUUGAAAAGCCUUCAAACAUUGGGAAGCCAAAGGACGCAGCAAAGCCACGUCAAAAUGAUGCUUCUUCACCUACAAGCAACGGUGCUGCUUCCAAUUCGAAACCUUGUUCACGAGGAAGGAGGAUUUUAACUGUUCCAAAGGAACCAAAGUUUCAUAGUCUCCAUGUACCAAGGAGCUGUACCAUUAAGAAUCCUACAUAGGGGACUCCUAUGGGGCCUUAGAGAGAUUUGUUCAAUAUCAUCAUUGAAUUUUUAGUGGCUUUGGUGUAAUAUUGAAGAAAAGGGUGAAUGUGUGUUUUUGUUGUAUCAUCAUUGAUUUGUGUAAUAACAGGAUUUUUUACCGUACCAAAGUUACAAUGAU